AUGGAAGAGAGCGAAGAGAGUGAAGAACUGAGUGAAGUGGAGGAGAAACAUGUAAAACCUGGAGAAAAACAUUGUAGUUGCUCAAAGACUAAAAAGACAUUUUUAAAGAAAAGAAGAGCCAAGAAAUCUUUCACCUGCACUCAGUGUGGAAAGAGUUUAUCAACCAAACGAAGUCUUGGUGUUCACAUGAGGAUCCACACCGGAGAGAAGCUGUUCACAUGUGAUCAGUGUGGGAAGAGUUUCACGCAAUCAGAACACCUUAAAAGACACACGAGGAUCCACACUGGAGAGAAGCUGUUCAAGUGUGAUCAGUGUGGCAAAACAUUUUUUACCUUAUCAAACCUGAAGACGCACAUGCCAGUUCAUAUGAAGGAGAAGCCAUAUUCAUGUUCUGUGUGUGGAAAGAGUUUUUCACGGCUGUCAUAUUUACAAGCACAUCAGAAAAUACAUACUGGUGUGAGAGAGUACAUGUGCUUUGGGUGUGAGAAGACUUUUACUACAGUGAACUGUUUAAAACGGCACCAGAGGAUUCACACUGGAGAAAAACCUUACAAGUGUUCAUACUGUGACAAGAGAUUCAAUCAUUCAGCACAUCUGAAAAGACAUGAGAGGAUCCACACUGGAGAAAAACCUUACAAGUGUUCACACUGUGACAAGAGAUUCAGUGAGUCAUCAACACUGAAAGCACAUGAGAGGAUCCACACCAGAGUAAAACCUUAC